AUGCGGUGGCUAGAGGAGUGGAAAGAGCCGUUAGGGGUCCAUCGAUUCUGCUUGGUUCACAUUCGCAGUAAUUUCACUCAGAAAUUUAGGAAUGAAAGGUUAAAGAGUCUCAUAUGGGGUGCCGGAAAGGCAAAUCAGACUCGCAAGUAUGAGGAAUAUAUGAGUGUCAUCUUUAGUCUUUCACCCGAGGCAUAUGCCUGGCUAACUGGUGGAUCCGUUAGGUCGGAGCAGUGGGCCUUAUGUAAGGAUGGAGGGUAUCGUUGGGGUCAUGCAAUAACAAACAUGGUCAAGUGCUUCAAUAACUUGCUGCAAGAAAGUCGCUUCCUCCCAAUCACUGCCUUGAUUCGAUACACCUUCAACCAAAGAGUGGAUUUGUUUGUGAAAAAUCACAAGAUGACCUGGGAUCAGAUGUAUCACUUGCCACUGUAUGGAUGGAAGAAAUAUGUUGCAAAUGAGCAAAAGGGCAGGGCGCACUCGGUGCAGGUGUUCGAUCAUAGGCGGGGAAAUUAUUGCAUAACCACUGCAUAUCGCCAAACUCAUGUAGGUGGUCAUGCUCAAACCGUUGACAUUGAAAACCGUACGUGUACAUGUGAAAAAUGGAGAGAACUCAAAUUUCCAUGUUCGCAUGCGAUUGCAGCAUGUUUUAGGUCUGGCCUUAAUCUGAUGUCACUUGUCGGGCCGGAGUACACAUUUGAAGCUUAUCAAGCCACAUAUGAGAGUCCUUUCAACUCGUUAAUGGAGAGUUGGCAUAUCGGAUCCUCGGCAGCCGCCCAUCAGGGACCGAUUGGCGAUAGUGUUCUGUAUCUACAGUUCGAGCAUAGGUCCGCCGCAGUUUUCAAUGGCGUAGGUGCAGACUUUGAUGUUAGGAAGAUGUGA